AUGAAGUUAGAACGGUCAGCAGGUAUUUUAUUACAUAUAACAUCAUUGCCAUCGAAAUAUGCAGAAACCAAACAAAAAUUGUGGCAAAUUUUACCUUUAACCACGAUUAAUAGUCCGUCGCCAUAUUCAAGUGAAUCAUCAUGUGGUGGAAAUUCGUGGUUGAUUUCGCCCGAAAAAUUGAUUGAUAUGAAUGUUUUAUCAUCUGAAGACUUAGAGUUGCUGACUAAUGAAACGAAAUUUCCUGACGAUUACGUUAAUUAUAAAGAUGUAAAGGAGUUUAAAGAGAAAUUGUUAAAGAAGUCAUUUGGAAACUUUCAAAAAUUGAAGAAUCACAAGGAAAUUCUCAAUAAAUUCCAUGCAGAUCAAUCAUUUUGGAUUGACGACUUUAUUUUAUUUAUGAUCAUCAAAUCACAGUGCAAAGGACUACCAUGGAACGAAUGGCCGUCAGCAUUACGUCAUCAUGAUCAAGCAGCACUGGACGAACUUCGUCGAACUAAUCGAAAUGAAUAUGAAUACCAUUUGUUUGUUCAGUACAUUUUUGAUCGACAAUGGAAACAAUUGAAAAAAUACGCAAAUGAGAAGAAUAUACAGAUAAUCGGUGACAUGGCGAUGUAUGUGGAUUAUAAUUCAGUUGAUGUUUGGGCGAAUUCGAAGUUAUUUAAGCUCGAUUCGAAUACAAUGAGACCAAGUGUUGUUUCAGGCUUUCCGGCCGAUGAAAACUAUGGUAUUCAAAUAUGGAAUCAACCGGUUUAUCAAUGGAAUGAUGAAAAUAUUCGACAGGAUUUGUUUCAAUGGUGGAUCAAACGCAUUGAAAAAUCUCUGUCAAUGUAUGACAUCGUACGGCUCGAUCAUUUCCGAGGUUUUGUCCAACAUUAUGUGAUCCCAAUAGAUGCUCAAACAUCCAAACCGAACACAUCCGAUGCGCAUUGGGUAAACACGCCUGGUUACGACUUAUUUUCAGCAGUGAAGAGCUCACUCGGUGAAGACAUCUCUUUAGUUGUCGAAGACAUCGGUAGUGUAACCAGUGAGGUGUUUCAAUUACGUGAUGCGAUGGAAUUCUAUGGAAUAAGAAUUCUGCAAAUGGGGUUUUACUGUUAUCCUGAUAACAUUUAUUCUCCGCACAAUUAUCCUCCAAAUUCAAUUGCAUAUACAGGCACACAUGACAAUGCGACGUCAUUAGAAUGGUGGACGAGUGUUGCAAGACGCGAAGAAAAAGAUUUGUUUAACAAAUACGUCCAUCGUCCAUGUUCAUCGGAAGUAGAUUUAGAGAAAUGUAUUCCUUGGUAUUUCAUCCAAAUGAUCUUACAAUCCGCAUCGAAUGGAGCAAUUAUAUUAAUGCAAGAUUUACUGAGUGUCAAUGUGCGAAUGAACUAUCCCGGAAAAGACUCAUCGAUGGAGGAAAGUGGGCCGCAGAAUUGGUCAUGGCGUUUCAAAUGGUCACAAUUGACAUCGAAUAUUCAAGAAGAAUUGAAGGAGUUGACUGAAAUGUAUGGACGAAAUCUUCUGUAUGGAAAAGCAAUUCCCCCGAAAGAUAUGAUUAUGAAAGACGAUUCUUCUUUCUUUUUGAGAUAA